CUGAGGAAGUGUUCUAAAUCGCGAGGUGAAAGUAGACCGCUUCCUUGUUUGAUAAACAGAGUCAGGCAAUUCAUGUCAGCUGAUUUACAGGAGACCGAGUACAAUACAGACCAGUCAGCUGAACAUCUAAUUGAAUCUUUAUCUUGAUUACAUAUCUGUGACUAAUCCUAAAUCAGUCCACUUAAGGAUGCAGGCUGGUCACACAUUUGGGGGAACAUUUCUUUCAUUGUCUGAACUUUGAUAUAAGGUGCAUAUAUAUCGUACGUAGUUCUGGUACUCUGAGAACAGCUUUUCUACAAUCAAGGGCUUGUUCUGCACGCCUCUACUGAUACAGGAUCUCCGACACUCAGCUAAUGGAGCCAGUGCCUGAAGAUUGUGUCACUGGCUACCCUGGACACACAGAGAAUAUUCUUGGUGUGACCGUGAGUGGGUUGAAACCUUGCAGAGUGGUGGAAGUCCACAUCAAGCGCAGCUUAAGUGUAAGAGAAGCUGAUUUGAGCGGGAAGGAGCUGAAGAGGCGAUCGCUUCCAACAAAGAUCCCAUUGAGGAGCCUGAGCCGCCGAGAAGGAGCUGGGCUGCGUGAGCUGGGGAUAGCAGGCAGGGAGAGCGAAAGGAAGCAGACUGAACGAGAAAACCUAACACACGGCAAUGAGGGCUUGCCUCCAGUCAAUAACUCUUUGAGCACUGAGACAGGGGUGGUGAAGGAAGACAGCAAGGAAAGGAGCAAGGAUGUGAAAAGAGGGAAAAAGUCUCAAACUUUCUUCGGGAAGAUCACCAACUUCCUGUGGAGAAGGAAAGGCGAUGAAAAGAAAGAGGAUGGAUGUACAAAAUCCAAGGAGCUUGGUGCUCCUCAGGCAGAAGAUUCUCCUGAAGGGAAUGGGGAGCAGUUACUCGGCGAGAACCAGGAGGCACCUGGAGACCAGCAGACCAUCCCUCACAAAACCAAGGUCAGGAAGAAAAACAGUCUCCACAGAGUUUUCUCUUUUAAGAAGUAUAAUUCUGAAGUGAAAGAACUUGGAUGGGGAGGCCCAGGAACCAGCAAAGUAAAAACAGAGCGUCCUAAACAACUGGUUCUGAGAACUGUGUGCAAACCCAGGCUGAAUAAAACAGCUCGCGGCUCUGAGUCUGUGUAUGAGCAGGUGUCCGAGGAAGUGGAGCGGAUAGUUCGAACUCUUGACUCCAGCCAAGGCAAAGAGAAUUGUCUGAAGGAAACGCACUCAGUCGAAGAAUUAGAAACAGAUGGGCCAAGAGAAUCUGUAGACAACUCCAUUUCCAAAAUUAUUGCAAUACUCCAAAAUGUUGGUGAUCGUGUUGAUACAGAGCAGGAAACAGCAAACAACACAGAGAAAGUUCCAAGUCCAGAUUGAAGAUGAAGGGUGAAUCAACAAUUGAUUUUCUUGCCUGGAGAUGGCCACCACUUCCUGAAACUUUAGACUGGCACAGACUGAUAAACUGGCCUCACUGCUGAAUCAGCACUCAAUCAUCCCAGCUUAGAAAUAUAUCACUGACCCUUCCAUGUCACUGAGCCAAAAUCCAGGAACUCCCUCCGUAACGGCGUUGUGGGUGUAUUUAUGCUCCAAGGUUGACAGCAGUUCAAGAAGGUGUUUUGCCACCACUUUCUCUAAGGCAGUUAGGGAUGAAAAAUUAAUGCUGGGAUCACCAGUGACACCUUCAUCCCAUUAAUAAAUCCCUUUUCAAAGAAGCUGUAGUUUUGGCUAAGAUUAUCAGUCUAUUACUUUUAUGAUGGGAAGCGGGAUUCACAGUUGGCUGACAAAAUGUCUGUAGGAGGUCCUGCAGUUAGCCUGAUCACUUGACCUGGUUAAACCAUUGGGACCACUCUGCAGUACUGCCUUCGGCUGAGUGAGCCACGUGAAUGGAUUCCCUGUGAUAGAUACUGCUGGGAGCAAGUGGAUCCCAGCUCCUGAUAACACUGUGUCUUCACUCUGAGAAUAACCUUUGAUUUGUUCUGAAUGGGUCAUUGGUCGGUAUCUUCCAGCCAGUCCUGACCCUCUGGGGAUCAGAGCAGAAAGGAAGUGGUGGAUGUGGGUACAAUUAUAAUGUUUAAAAGACAUUUGGAUAAGUACAUGAAUAGGAAUGGGUUUGGAGGGAUGUGGGCCAGGAGCAGGCAGGUGGAACUAGUUUUCUUCUGCAUGAACUGGUUGGACUGAAGUGUCUGUUUCCAUGCUGUAUGACUCAGUGAGUCUAUGACAUAUGGUAACUCCGUCAUUGAGUAUGUUCAGGACAGACAACAACAGAUUUCUAAGUAAUGAGGACAUCAAAAGGAUAUGAAGAUAAUGGGAGGAAAUGGCGCUGAGGCAGAACAUGGUCUAUUUGAAUGAUAAAGCAGACCUGAGGCUGAAUGGUAGUAGAAGCAGGAGUAGGCCAAUAUUUCAUAAUUCCAUCUCAAUGCACGUUAUACUCUGAGGCUUGAUAGUUUCGUUAAAACCUUGCGCUGUAUUGUUUCUGUUGAAAUGCUUGUCUGUCCACAUAGCAUCUGCCAAAUAAAGUUUACAAAAUUCUAAUUUUAAAUCGAAUUAAAAUAUUGGAGAUUGAAAUAAUGUCAAUCCAGUUCUACUAUUACCAUCCUCAGCAAGAAUAGUUCUUUUUUAACUCACUGCUAAUGUACAGAGGGCCACAUAAACACCAAUAGAACUGCAACAGAGAUUUAGAGAUAGUAGGAACUGCCAAUGCUGGAGAUUCUGAGAUAACAAGGUGUAGAGCUGGAUGAACACAGCAGGCCAAGCAGCAUCAGAGGAGCAGGAAAGCUGACAUUUCAGGUCUGGGCCCUUCUUCAGAAAUCUGCAACAGAGAUUUAAUGUGGUAGCCCCAUGGAGAGGGAUGGCAGGUAUUGAACAGAAUAACCAGUUUAAAACCCCAGUUUCAAUGAGAUCCCUAAUAUCCCUCCAUUUCAAACAGUAAUUCAGUUUCAGGGAUAGUAGGAACUGCAGAUGCUGGAAAAUCUGAGACAACAAGGGGCAGAGCUGGAUGAACACAG